CUUCUGGUGGUGCUUGUGAUGGUGCUACACAGAAGAAUGAGAAGCCACACCAACUUCUUCCUCACCAACCUGGCUGUGGCGGACCUCUGCGUGGCCGUCUUCUGCAUCUAUCAGAACUUCGCCAUGUACGUCAUCAAAGACUGGUAUUUCGGCAAGUUCCUGUGUCUGAUGUACCAGUUCGUGAACCAGCUGAGCUACACGGCGUCGGUCAUCAUCCUGGUGGUGGUGAGCGGUGAGCGGUACCUGGCCAUCGUGGAGCCGCUGCGGGCCAAGAGUCUGCUCACACGACGCAACAUGAUCGUCACGAUGGCGCUGGUGUGGGUGGUGUCGGCGCUCUACUCCUGCCCGAGACUCCUCUACUUCACGGUUCAGGAGUACCCGGUGGAGGGCGGCGGCACGGAGGCCAUGUGUCUGCUGCGGAGGGACCAGUUCGACACCCGCAUCUGGGACGUAGUGAGCCUCACCCUGCUGUACCUGCUGCCCCUGGCCCUGCUCUCCCUGCUCUACGCCCGCAUUGCUCAGACGCUGUGGCGCUCCGGACAGCUGCUCGCCUCCGCCGCUUCCACCAACAACCCCUCCUCGGCAGCGGCGGCGGCGGCAGCGGCGGCUGAGUACGGUACCUUCAAGACUCAGCACACGGCCUCGGUCAGCUCCACCUCCAGCAGCGGUGGCGUGGAGGCGCCUGGCAUGGAGGCGGACGUAGCCCCACGCACACACUGCAGGGAGAACAAGUCCCACGUGGCCCGCGGCUCCGUCAAGUCCAUCAUGUCCACGUACGUGUCCAUGGCCUCGAUGCGGGACGAGGGGUCGAGGGUCAACCACAACCACGCCUCGCCGGACAUCAUCCCUCUGACCCCCCGCGGCCACGCCAGGGCGGACGGCAGCAGGAUAUCGCGGAGAGCCUCGCCCCGGGUGCCGUGCCGCUCCAUGCACCUGCACCCGUCCCCGCUGGUGCUGCGGGCACGGCGCAACGUGAUCAACAUGCUGGUGGUGGUGGUGGUGAGCUUCGCCGCGUGCUCGCUCCCGUUCCACACCCGCAAGAUGCUGCAGUACUACUGGGCCAGCUACAACCACAACUCAGACGCCUCCUACAUCCUCACGCCCGUCACUUUCCUCCUCAUGUACGCCAACUCGGCCGUCAACCCCAUCCUCUACACAUUCAUGAGCCGGAAAUUCCGCACCUCAUCGCGGGACUUAAUCACCUGCCGCCUGUGGCAGGCCCGGCGGCCGCGUCCCCCGCGGCCCACGGUGGUGGCGCGGCUCAUCGGGCGGGACAAGGUCGUCACCCACCUGGUGUGAGGCGCCUCCCGCCGCCCGCACAGUGCAAUCCAUCAGAUAUUGUAACAGUAUUAUUCUGCACGAGGCAUACUUUUAUUUUUAUGGAUACUAAAAACUUAUUUUUCUUCAACAGAAAUUUAGAUUCAAUCAAGAUAUAAAUACUCAAUGUCAUGGAAGCUGUUUUAUAUAAAAAAAAAAAAAAUUUACUCAUUGUACUAUGGUGGCAGUCUCUCUUGGAUUUGAUGUAACUUUGCAGUGUUUAUUGAAUAACCUCAUCGUGGUGAGUGCAGUGACUGAUGCUGGCGUCACCGACGACAUGGGUCACUGGACUGUGUGCGGCGUGGUGACGAGUCAGUGAUGUGUGCAGCUGCUGCAGGAGCUUGACGCCCACAGCACCACCACUACGGAGGACUGGAGCGGACGUAGCAAGAAAGGCCAGGCAGGAAACAAACACCGCGGAACACUACAUACUUUUCAACGACUUCCAUACUGUACAAGCCUCCUUCAAGAGUCUCUGUCCCUCGAGUCUGUGAGUUUCGAGAAUGACAAUUUCACAAAAGGCCAACAAACUGUCUUUUUUCAUGAAACUAGAGCAUAUCCAACAGUAUGCCACGAAGGCGCUAAAGCUUCUCUGGGGUGUUCAUUUAAUGAUAGUCUUUCUUUGCUCCAGUGUAUCAAAAUAUUGUGUCGUGGGAAGUGCCAAAGCUGAACCACCUAUUUUCAGUAUCAUAAGAUCGUCAUUCUGUGAAGAAGCAUUAGGUGGGGUUCGAUUGACAUUUAACGUACUGUCUAU